AUGGAAUCACAUAAAUCUCACGCUAAUCCAGAAUCUGUGGAUGAUUCAACUGGAGUGUGCACACCGGGAUCUAUUUCUAGAGUUAAAUGUAACUUUUGCAUUUGUUCAGAUGGUGGAGUAUUGGGGGAACAAGCUUGCACUAAAAACAACUGUUUUGAGAAUAUAAAAAUAACUAAUGAAAAGUUUGUAUGUGAACCUCUUGAUUAUUAUGAAGUUGACUGCAAUAUUUGCCUUUGUCCACCCAAUGGACUUAAAAAUGUUGCUAAGUGUACCAAAAAUUCGUGCGAGAAGAGUGCUUUAAGAUCUGAUAGCUGUAUACCUGGCCACUUAUUUAGUGACGACUGUAAUGUGUGCGUUUGCCCACCAAAUGGUAAUAAAGCAGAUAGAGUGUGCACUAAUAAUACUUGCAGCGGGUCACGAUGGAGAAUAUCAAAAUCGUCAAUUAGUUUACUAGAAAAUCAAGUUCACGAUGAUGCAACCCGAAAUUUGGAUGUAUGUUUCCCGGGAGAAGAGUUUUCAAUGGGUUGCAAUAUAUGCCUGUGUCCAGAUUUAGGAUUAAAAGUAUACGCGUCUUGCGAACGAAUUAUUUGUAAUGAGAAAGAAAAGGGUAUAACUAAACCAACUGCAGGUGGUUUUGAUUUAGAUCGAAGUUCGAAACUGGACAUGAGCACGAUAAAAGCAAUCAAACAUCUCAAUGCACAUUCUCGAAUACGAAGAGAUGUACACGACAAAUGCUACAUUUACCACUUGUCUGAUAGUGCAGAGAGAAAAGAAUGUUCUCCAGGAUCAAUGUAUAUUCUUCGAGAAGUAAAUGCUAAUGGCAUCAAUGAUAAUAAUAUUGAUAUCCAGAAGAUUCUGAAAGUAAAUGUAAGACUGAUGCCUAGAUGCAAUAUUUGUUUCUGCCUAGCAAACGCUCUGGCCGAGACAGUAUGGAGUGAACGGUGUGCAAGAAACUCAGUCGUAUUGAAUGAUUGCAACUGGUGUAGAUGCAACGAAAGGCAGAAAUACGACUGUAAGGCUAGAGUUUGUGAAGAAAUUGAUACGUUUGGUCAUUUUAAAGAUGCUAUUCAAGAAAUUGACGUUGGUAUGGAAGGGCACGGUUCGUGGCGAUCAAAACCAUCAGCUUGCACAUCUGGAGUGCACUAUCGGCGAGGGUCCAUACUAUGUGUCUGCGACGAAGACGGCAACUGGCCGAAUCCAGUCUGUAGAGACCUCUUUCAAAUUCUUCACGAAGUAGAACUUACGGGUCAAACUCGUCUGGCCCAAAAUGAAUCAUGCACACCCACUAAAUUGUAUCUCGUCGGCUGUAACGUUUGUUAUUGCCCUUCAUCUGGAUAUUUAGAUCCGGAAAUGUGUACAAAGAAAGAGUGCCAAGAAGACGAUCCAGUUCUAGAAACGAAUGAAUCCUUCCAGAUGACUAAUCCUAAAAAUAAUGAAGACGAUGUAGAUAACAUCCAGGAAAUCUACGCAACGUGUGAUCUAAAAAAUCAAUACGUGCUCGGUUGCAGAAAUUGCGAAUGUCUCCAAAAUAACAGGCUGCUUUGCGGCAACUGUACCAAUCCAAAAAAGCAAUAUUUAAACCCUAUGAAUAAACGAUCGAAAUCAUUUAAUUUUAAAAAACCUGGUUCUCAAAAUAAACUCUACAAACCACUACAAAAUGUAUGCCAUAAUAAAAAACCAUUAAAAGUAUUCAGAGUUGGUUGCAAUUUAUGUCAUUGCGGUAAAACUAAGGCAAAGAGAAUGUUCUGCACUUUAAAAAAGUGCAUCAAAAGAACCGAGAAACUGCAAGUAUUGUUUCCUCACGAUGACUCCAGUGAAGACAAUCUAAAAGAAGUGAGCGCACCACCGGACGAUCAAAGCUGCGUUCCCAGAACUAAAUACAAUAGAGACUGUAAUGUUUGUAAAUGCUACGAAGUUGCAAAUAAUGUGAAGCGCAUAAAAUGCACCCGUAACAAGUGCAAAAGUGCAUCAAAUAUUGGGGAACAUCCCAAAGUGAUCGAAGACCAGAGAAAGGACUGCGUACCUGGAACAUAUUACCAAGAGACCUGUAUGCUGUGCCACUGCUUCGUAAGAGAUGGCGUCAAAUAUGAAAUGUGCCGUUUUAAUGAGGAAUGCGUUAAUGAAGAAAAUAGAAAGAAAAAAACACUACAAGGCAAAAUCAUGAAAGACGUUAAAACUUUACUCGGAUUCUGUGAACCGAUGCGAAGAUAUAAAAAUGAAUGCAACACUUGCAGAUGUUUGGCAGACGGUAAAACGGUGGAGUGUAGCUCUAAGAUUUGUUCCUUGAGAUCUAACGAUCUGUCAGUGGAUAUAGUGCCAGUAGUUGUUGAAAACGAUGAAGCCUGCCCCAAGGGCCAUUCUUAUAAGUUAGACUGUAAUGUUUGCUUCUGUUUAUCAAACGGCAACGCUAUCUGCACAACUAAUAACUGCUCCAAUAAUUAAAAUUACAAAAAACGUACUAUUUAGCUCAAAUACCUACUUACUUACCUAUCAUUUGUUAUUUAGCAUCAUGCGAAAUGAUAAAAAAGAAUUAAUUUUGAUUCACUUUUUGAUAAAGGUCUACUUUCUCAUACGGGAAAGAUUAUAUAUAGCUAC